AAAAUUUAAGGGGGUCUGAAUACUUUCCAUACCCACUGUAUAUAUGAGUAAAAUGACUUCUCAAACAAGAAAAAAAUCUAGAGAAGGACUUGCUUUUGUCCAUUGAGAAUUAAUUGGGUAGUUGUGGUUUUGCUAUUGGUCAGUCUCAUGUUAGUGACAGGUUGUCCCGCCCACGCACCAGUAAACCUCAUCAGAGAAAAGAUGUCACUGCAAGAGAGAGGGGAAGUUAUUUUGAUUCAAGAUUAUGAGGGCACAUCUAUUUUUAAAAAAUAAUUACAUGCACAGAUAUAUAAUUUAUAAUAAAUACCGUAAAAUUCCAUUUUAUAAAAUAAUUGUUAAUAUGUCUUAGUGAUUUUAAACAUGCACCAUGAUGAGGUCAUGUGACAACAGUGUAGAAAACUACUAUUAUAAGCUACCAGGUGAUGGCAGUGAGGGAUCACAAAAAUAGUAAAACAGACAUAUUGUUCUAUCUUGAUUUACAACAUGCCUAUUUAAUGCACUUACAAUAUUCAUUCAUCAUUAUAAUAAGACUUAGAGUACAUAUAAUCACCCAGCACAUGCCUUCAUUUUCAUUCAUUAGAAUAUUAUAAUACAACAGUUUUGUUUUAAUGUUCAUAACUCAUCUGUGUCUUUCAGGGUUUAAAAUCGUGAGAUAAUAUUCCAGUUCUUGAAUUACUAUGCUACCAAAAGCUCCACCAAGAAAUUCCAUACAGACCUGUUUUGUUGUUUUUUGUCUACUGCCACUAAAUUUGUACCUUUUUCACUUGUAUACUGUAAUGUGGAAUGUAACAUAUUCAUCACAAUAUUCAAGAUUAAACUGAUUUUAUGUUUCUUCGUGUGAGUACACAUAUGUCAGCUAUUGGCCUUACUCUGACAUGUAUUAUAAAGAGAAGUUUCCUUUGACUGAGGUACAGUAGAAGCUUAUCAGUGUAUUAAACAAUUGUAGUUAAUUCAAAUGUUUAUAACUUCAUUUCUAGUCAGUUUUAAUCAUGCUAAAUAAAUUGAUAUGAAUAUCAGAAUAGAUCAUUUACAUUAAAGAUUAUACUUUGAUGUAGCAUAUCUGUGUUAAAAGUGGAACGAGGAAAUGGGCAAUGACUUGUUAGCUCAGAGAGCCAGUGGAAUCGUGACAUAGUGCUUCCACUCAAAGCAGAGUGAAGGUUUCAGAGAAGUUUGUGCCCUGGAGAUUAUGUGAAAAAUGUAUGUCAUUCUCUUCAUUGUAUGUUUUCUCUUUUAUAAACCAUGUAAGUACAAAACUACACCUUUAACAUUUUUCUUGAGCUUUCCUUACUUGUCAUUGUUUCGUCUACAGUAUGUAUCAACGGAUGUCUACGCAUUUAUGUAAUAAUUGCCUUAAUUAUUUUACAGCAAUGCAACAGCAAUAUUCUGGAAGUAUUUUGCAGAUGGGGGAUGUAACAGCUCAAGUGGGUGAUGAUGUGACAUUUUACUGCUUUCACCCAAAAGACCAAAUGAAUAGAGUUAUGUGGUUCAAACAGACUCUGGGAGAAAAACCUGCUUUUGUAGCCUCUUCUUAUCACUGGUCUCAAGACAGUGUAGUUAAUGUUGAGUUUAAAAAGACAAAGCGCUUUAAAGUGAAUUCAGGGCUUAACAGCUUUAAUCUGACUAUUGAAAGAACUGUACAAUCCGAUUCCGCCACAUAUUAUUGUGCAGGUUCCUUUUCUAACCUUUUCUACUUUGGAGUUGGAACUAAUCUGGUGCUUAGAGGUGAGUGGUCAACAUUUAGAUUUACCCUUUCUGAAAUUAGUCAAAUUUUACAGCCUAAAAUUCAUUAUAUUCCUUCAAUAGGUUCUAAAUCCAAGAGGAUUCAUAUUCUGCAGCAAUCCAGAACAGCAUCAUCAGAUGGAAAUGUGACUCUGCAAUGUACAAUCCAAAAUGAACAACAGAACUGUGGAGGCGAACACAGAGUCUACUGGUUCAGACACGGUUCAGGAAAAUCUCGUCCAGGAAUCAUUUAUGCUCAAGAAAGUUGUAAAAACAGCUCAGUGACUGCUUCUCCUACCAGGAGCUGUGUCUACAAUCUCUCUAUGAGAAACAUCAACCCUGGGACCUACUACUGUGCUGUGGUCACAUGUGGGGAGAUUUUAUUUGGACAUGGAAUUAAUCUGGAUAUUGACGAUGAACAUAAAGACCAGCACAUGCAGUUCUACAUUCUCAUUGGCCUUGCAGCAUUGCUGAUCAUAAGCUUCAUAACUAAUGUUCUACUUUGCGUGACAAAGACAAAAGUACCACGGGACCUCUGAUAUGAAUUAUGCUGCCUUCAAAUUCACAACCCAAAGCUCAAGACAGCAGAAAGUGGGGAGGCAAAGACAAACAGAAUACUCUGGACUGAAAUUAAAUGAUUCAGUACUGUAACUGUUACAUGUCUCUUGUUUUCUGUGACCUAGUUUUCCCCAUUGUGUUUGAUUAGUCAUUUGAUUCACCUGUGUCCAGUUAAUUAUCUCAUUAAGUUCCCUUUGUUCGUUACAUGUAUAUAUAGCCUACCCUGUGUGCUCCUUCACUCCUUGUCUGUUCUCGUUUAUGUUGAGAUGUGUAUAUUGAGUUUCCUGCCUGUUUCUAUUAUUAAAUACUACUCCUCAUAUUCGCCUUCGUCCUUGUGCCUUCCUAUACACACACGUGCACGUAACAGUAACACUGUAUUUGAAGUUGCUAAUAUUGUUUGAUAACCAGAGCCACUCUGAAUAUCAUUGUGGCGACCAGGGCGGGCGAGAUCCGUGAGGGAACGGCGCGAGGCCGGUGACGCAAGUGAUAACGAGCAUCACCUGGGAGGCGCA